AUGGCGGCCAAGUCGGACGGCAGCGGCUUCUCGCAGCUGCACAACCUGGACGAGCCGCACCACCAUCACCACCACCACCACCACCACCACGGCGGCGGCCGGGGGGGCGGCGGGGGGCGGCCCGGGGGGGGCCCGGCUGCGGGGGGGGCCGACGACGACGCCGGCGGCGGCAGCAGCUCCAUGCACAUCUGCCACUGCUGCAACACGUCCUCCUGCUACUGGGGCUGCCGGAGCGCCUGCCUGCGCAGCCUGCUGGGCCGGGCCGGGGCGGCGGCGGCGGCGGGGGCCGGGGGCGCCGGGGGGGCCACGGACCCGCUGGCGCCCGCGGGGGGCGACGGGCAGCCGGCCUCGCCGUCGGCCGGGGCGGCGGCGGCGGCGCUGGCGGGGGAGCGCCCCUGGCUGGACUGCCUGUGGAUCGUGCUGGCGCUGCUGGUGCUGCUGGGCGACGUGGCCACCGACCUCUGGCUGGCCCUGGACCACUACGGCCGGCGGGACUACCUGUGGUGCGGCCUGACGCUGGCCUUCGUGCUGCUGCCCUCGGUGCUGGUGCAGAUCCUCAGCUUCCGAUGGUUCGUGCAAGACUACACCGGAGGCGGCCUGGGCGCCGUGCAGGGCCUCACCAGCCGCGGCCCUCCCAUGAUGGGCUCCGUGGGGGCCGGCGGGCGGCGCGCCGGGCCGGGACACCACGCCGCCGCCACCCCCGGGGCGCAGCGCCUCUGCAGGCUCUCCGUCUGGAUCUGGCAGUCCGUCAUUCACCUGCUUCAGAUGGGACAGGUCUGGAGGUAUAUCCGUACCAUGUACCUGGGGAUCCAAAGCCAGAGACAAAAGGAACACCAGCGGCGCUUUUACUGGGCUAUGAUGUACGAAUAUGCGGACGUCAACAUGCUGCGUCUCUUGGAGACUUUUCUCGAGAGCGCCCCCCAAUUGGUGCUACAACUCUGCAUAAUGAUCCAAAAGAACCGUGCAGAAACCUUACCGUGUGUGUCCUCUGUGGCUUCCCUGAUGUCCCUGGCUUGGGUGCUAGCCUCCUAUCACAAGCUUCUCCGGGACUCUAGGGAUGACAAGAAGAGCAUGAGCUACAGAGGGGCCCUUAUCCAUCUCUUCUGGCGCCUCUUCACCAUCUCAUCCAGAGUUAUCUCUUUUGCCCUCUUUGCUUCCAUCUUCCAGCUCUAUUUUGGGAUCUUUGUCGUGGUCCACUGGUGCGCCAUGGCCUUCUGGAUCAUCCAUGGCGGGACAGACUUCUGCAUGUCUAAAUGGGAGGAGAUUCUCUUCAACAUGGUGGUAGGGAUCGUGUACAUUUUUUGCUGGUUUAAUGUCAAGGAAGGGCGGACCCGAUACCGAAUGUUUGCCUAUUACACCGUAGUCUUGACAGAGAAUGCUACCUUGACGCUCCUUUGGUAUUGUUACAGAGAUCCCGACACCACUGACUCCUACGCUGUGCCAGCACUUUGUUGCGUCUUUCUUAGCUUCGCUGCCGGGAUAGCGUUGAUGCUCUUAUAUUACGGCGUCCUGCAUCCCAUGGGGCCAAGAGCUAAGAUUUUUGCCAGCUCCUGUUGCGCCGAACUGCUCUGGGGCAUUCCUUUGCCCCCUGACAUUGAACCCAUGACUCCCCAAACCCCUGGGUACAGGGCGGCCCAGGCUAUGCCAACCAGAGCGGCCACGGAGCAACAGGAGGAACUCACAGCUGACACUUGCUUGCCAGUUUUCCAAGUGAGAGCAAUGGUGCCAUCAACUCCGUCUGGGAGACCCUACCACCCAGAAGGCCCUCUCAUUAAGAUAGACAUCCCAAGGAAGAGAUACCCGGCCUGGGAUGCUCAUUUUGUAGACAGGAGGUUGAGAAGGACUAUAAACAUUCUCCAGUAUGUCACCCCCACCGCUGUAGGAAUUAGGUAUCGGGAUGGACCUCUCUUAUAUGAAUUGCUACAGUAUGAAUCUUCACUUUAAAAGCUCCUUUAAACAAAAACACACAUAUACACACAAACCCCCACACAUACACU